AAAUAAUAUAGCAAGCUUAUAAAGCUAUCUAGUUAAUUUAAAAGUCAAAUAUCAGUAAAUUUUACUACAUAAACAUCUAAAAACACUUAUCAAGACGAUUAGACAUAUAUUUAUAAAUUAAAAAACGCUGACAUACCUUCUUAAAUUCCAUCUUGUAGAGUAAUUGAUUUAGAAGGAAAUUUAGUAGCUCCAGGAUAUGACAAUAUACCAUAUGAGAUAUUGAAUAAAAUAUAUGAUAAAAUGCUGGAACUUGAAGAAAUAGAUAUUAUUUUAAACAUGUCAUAAAGAUAAGGAAAAAUAUCUUUUUAUAUGCCUUCUUUUGGUGAAUAAGCAACAACAAUAGGAGUCGGAGCAGGGCUAGAAGAUCAUGACUUAGUUUUUCCUUAAUAUAGAGAAUAAGGAACUCUCAUAUGGAGAGGAUAUAUAGUUAAGGACAUGCUUAAUUAAUGCAUGGGAAACACACACGAUGUAGGUAAAGGCAGACAAAUGCCUAUUCAUUAUGGUUCUAAGAAACUUAACUUUGUUACUGUUUCUUCACCAUUGAGUAUUUUUUUUUAAUUAAAGAUAAUAUUUUAUUUAAAAUUAUUAGCUACUUAAGUUCCCUAGGCAAGUGGAAGUGGCUAUGCCUUUAGAUUGAAUAAUGAAAAUAGGGUUUCUGCCACAUUUUUCGGAGAAGGAGCUGCUUCAGAAGGUGAUUUUCAUGCUGCUUUAAAUUUUGCAGCUACUUUACAAUGCUAAACCUUAUUUUUAUGCAGAAAUAAUAAAUAUGCAAUAUCAACACAUUCAAGUGAAUAAUAUAAAGGAGAUGGCAUAGCAGGUAAAAGUAUUGGAUACGGGGUUUAAACUUAUCGAGUCGAUGGAAACGAUGCUAUGGCAGUUUAUCAUGUAGUAAAAUAAGCUAGAGAAUAUAUAGUAAAAAAUUAAAAACCUGCUUUUAUUGAGUUCAUGACUUAUAGAAUUGGUGACCAUAGUACUAGUGAUUACUCUGUCUUAUAUAGAAGUGAAGAAGAAAUUAAUUUCUAUAAAUAAAAUAACCCAUUAACAAGAUUAGGAUUAUAUUUAAAAAAAACGGGAAAGAGACAAUUUGAUGAAGAUAAAGAUAAACUUGAGAGAGAAAAUAUUAGAAAAUAAAUUAGUUAAGCAUUAAAAGAAGCGAACGAAACUAAACUUCAUGGAGUAAAUUCUUUGUUUGAAGACGUUUAUGAUAAUCUUACACCUAAUCUUAAAGAAUAAUAAAAGUAAUUAAUUGAACAUUUAAAGGAAUAUGGAAAACAUUAUAAACUUGAAAAGUUAUAAUAAUGA